UCGUUCAAUGAAAAAAAAAAGUGUUGAGAUUGAGCUACUAAACACAGUUGCAGAAGUAAGCAGUGUUCUGCGGGUAAACCCAGAACCCUAUUAUUGCUUUGGCUCUGAAAAUGGUGGUGAGGAUUCGGCUCUCGCGGUUCGGAUGCAAGAACAAACCCUUCUAUCGGGUCAUGGCUGCUGAAAGCAGAUCUCCCAGAGAUGGCAAACACAUUGAAGUUCUCGGUUAAUACAAUCCCUUACCAGGUCAAGAUGGUGGCAAGAGAAUGGGUCUCAACUUCGAAAGGGUGAAGUAUUGGCUUUCUGUUGGAGCUCAGCCUUCAGAGCCUGUGGAACGGCUUCUAUUCAGAGCUGGAGUACUGCCCCCACCACCUAUGGUGGCAAUGGGGCGUAAAGGUGGACUGCGUGAUACUCGCCCUGUCGAUGCUCUAACUGGGCGUGUGCUGAAUCAAGAGAAGCCUGCCAAUGAGAAGAACAAUGACCAUGAACAUGAAGCUGCUGAAAACCCUUUUUAGGGUUCUUACAGGAGAACUGAAUAGAAUAACUACUGUUUUCUUGGAGAAGUUGGGUUCUUUUCUGGGGUAAGACACUCAUCAAAUUUGUAGGCCAAUAACUAUUAUGUGUAAUUCAGUCAAUGAAAGUGAAUUGAUAGGCUAUCCUACUCUGAUUUGCAUGCUACUUUUGUUUUUGUGGAACUUUUUAAAGCUGCUAGGGCGAUAGCAAAGGUAGUUCAUUUUAUUUUGGGCUAAUUCCUUCAUUGCCCUGUAAAUGGAUUUGUGGAAUUUUGUACUCUCCAAUAGAUUUCUUUGUUU